AAAUCCCUCCAGGAGGCCGAGUAGGGGUCCUUGUCUAUAGCAGGAGGCCUGGAGCCUGAGGAUGAGCAAGGGGCGAAGGCGAGGUCCCAGAGCAGGAGCUGAGAAACCAGAGCUCUGAGCAUGCCUGGAGCAACCCAUGCAGCAUGCAACGCAUGGGAACCUCCAAGGCCUCAGGAGUGUACUAGCUUCAGUGCCGGAGGGCGGAGCCUCCGCGAGUUCUUCAUCCCGCCCCCACAGAGGAGCGCCUCUCCCAAUUGGACCGCAUCGACAUGAUGGGCGUGGACAGCGUUUUCUUGUCCAGAGAUGGCUUCAGAGGAUAUCAGAGUAGUUGGAGCUCGGGGUGCUGUGUUGCAGGUGUCUGCUGGAAAAUGGCUGAAUACUUGGCUUCCAUCUUUGGCACCGAGAAAGACAAAGUCAACUGUUCAUUUUAUUUCAAAACUGGAGCAUGUCGUCAUGAAGACAGAUGUUCUACAUUGCACAAUAAACCAACCUUUAGCCAGACCAUUGCCCUCUUGAACAUUUACCAUAACCCUCAAAACUCUGCCCAGUCUGCUGGUGGUUUGCGCUGUGCUAUGAGUGACUGGGAGGUGCAGGAGCACUAUGAUGAGUUCUUUGAGGAAGUCUUCACUGAGAUGGAAGAAAAGUAUGGACAGGUUGAAGAGAUGAAUGUCUGUGACAACCUAGGAGACCACCUGGUUGGGAAUGUGUAUGUCAAGUUUCGUUAUGAGGAGGAUGCAGAGAAAGCUGUGAUGGACUUGAAUAAUCGCUGGUUUAAUGGGAAGCCAAUCUGUUCAGAGCUGUCCUCAGUGACUGACUUCAGGGAAGCCUGCUGCCGCCAGUAUGAGAUGGGGGAGUGCACAAGAAUAGGCUUCUGCAACUUCAUGCAUCUGAAGCCAAUCUCAAGAGAGCUCAAAAGGAAGCUGUCUCGGCGCCAGUACAAGAAGCAUAGAUCCAGGUCCCGAUCCCGGGAAAGGCAUUCUCCAUUCAGAGACAUUAGGCAUGGUGGCAGCAGAGGAGGUGGAGGACGAGAGCAUGACAGGAGGCAGUCCAGAUACCUCAAGAGAGAUUGGAGAUUCUGAGCCCAGCUGUUUAUACCAUGUGUCUGCUAGACAGUGUUGUAGUUGGUUGACAAGCCAGUUCAUAUUGGAACUUUAAAAAAAAAAAAAAAAAACAAAAAAGAUGAGUUUUUGAAUA